GCAGUUCUAUUCUGUCCUGUAGGGUUGCUAUGAGUCAGAAUCACCUCAACGGCAAUGGGUUUGGUUUUUUUUUUUGGUCCCCUUCUGGUGUGGUGCUGAGAGCAAGGAUGUGAAGAUCUUUGUAAAUUUUUUCAUGCAAGAGAUGAAGUUACCCGGUAGGUAACUUUGCUCCUUGAUAGUGAGGCUGCUCCUGGGCAUAAAGGCAGCCCUGUGCCCAACCUAAAUUGAUCUGACUCCUGGCAGCCAAGCGCAGGUAUGAACCUUGGUCAGCCCCAUGCUCUUCUUCAUCCCCAGUGCACUAACUAGAAUUUGUACUUGGAUCAAAGUCUGGGGCAGCUCCCUGUUUUCUAGGGCAGUAGCAGCGUGACUGUGCCAGUCUCACGAUUCCCUUCAGCAGCUUGCAUCCUUACCGACUCCUGCAGGUGCAGCUGCCACUUCCACCGAGCUCAAACCUAGAUAGCACCCCCAGGAUCUCCUGUCCUCCGGCAUCUCAGUGUGAAGGUGUGAACGCUGCCUGCUUCCGAGCCUCCCCACCAUGACCUCCAAGAAGCUGGUGAACUCAGUGGCAGACUGUGCUGAUGAUGCCCUUACAGGCCUGGUGGCCUGCAACCCCAGCCUGCAGCUCCUGCAGGGCCACCGUGUGGCCCUCCGCUCAGACCUGGACAGCCUCAAGGGCCAGGUAGCACUGCUGGCGGGCGGGGGCUCCGGCCACGAGCCUGCCCAUGCUGGUUUCAUAGGGAAGGGGAUGCUGACAGGGGUCAUUGCAGGAGCUGUGUUCACCUCCCCGGCCGUGGGCAGCAUCCUGGCGGCCAUCAGGGCAGUGGCCCAGGCAGGCACAGCGGGGACCCUCCUUAUCGUGAAGAACUACACGGGAGACCGGCUCAACUUUGGCCUGGCCCGGGAGCAGGCCCGGGCUGAGGGCAUCCCAGUGGAGAUGGUGGUCAUUGGGGAUGACAGUGCCUUCACUGUCCUAAAGAAGGCAGGCAGGCGGGGGCUCUGUGGUACCGUGCUUAUACACAAGGUGGCAGGUGCCCUGGCUGAGGCUGGUGUGGGGCUGGAGGAGAUCACCAAGCGGGUGAGCGCGGUCGCCACGGCCAUGGGUACCCUGGGGGUGAGCCUGUCCUCCUGCAGCGUCCCUGGCUCCAAACCCACCUUUGAGCUCUCUGCCGAUGAGGUAGAGCUGGGCCUGGGCAUCCACGGGGAAGCCGGCGUGCGUAGGAUAAAGAUGGCGACGGCUGAUGACAUUGUGAAGCUCAUGCUCGACCACAUGACGAACCCCUCCAAUGCAUCCCAUGUACCUGUGCAUUUAGGCUCCUCAGUGGUGCUGAUGGUCAACAACCUGGGUGGCCUGUCCUUUCUGGAACUGGGCAUCGUAGCCGACGCUGCUGUCCGCUCUCUGGAGGGCCGUGGGGUGAAGAUUGCCCGGGCCCUGGUGGGCACCUUCAUGUCUGCGCUGGAGAUGCCUGGUGUUUCCCUCACCCUCCUGCUGGUCGAUGAGCCCCUCCUGAAACUGAUAGAUGCUGAAACCACUGCAUCAGCCUGGCCCAGCACGGCCAAGGUCUCUGUGACUGGGCGAAAGCGGACCCGGGCAGCCCCUGCUGAGCCCCGAGAGGUCGCUGACUCUACCGCUGCAGGAGGUGUAGCCUCGAAGCGGAUGGUGCUUGUGCUGGAACGGGUGUGCAGCACCCUCCUGGGCCUGGAGGAGCACCUGAAUGCCCUGGACCGGGCUGCUGGUGAUGGCGACUGUGGCACCACCCACAGCCGCGCUGCCAGAGCCAUCCAGGAGUGGUUGAAGGCGGGCCCACCCCCUGCCAGCGCUGCCCAGCUCCUCUCCAGAUUGUCCGUCCUGCUACUGGAGAAGAUGGGUGGCUCAUCGGGGGCGCUCUAUGGGCUGUUUCUGACGGCGGCUGCCCAGCCCCUCAAGGCCAAGACUGACCUCCCUGCCUGGUCUGCAGCCAUGGAUGCUGGCCUGGAGGCCAUGCAGAAGUAUGGAAAGGCUGCCCCAGGGGACAGGACUAUGCUGGAUGCUCUGUGGGCAGCAGGACAGGAGCUGCAAGCCUGGAAGAGCCCAGGGGCUGACCUGUUGCAAAUCCUGACCAAAGGUGUCAAGAGUGCGGAAGCUGCAGCCGAGGCCACCAAGAAUAUGGAAGCUGGAGCCGGAAGAGCCAGUUAUAUCAGCUCUGCGCGGCUGGAUCAGCCAGACCCCGGGGCUGUGGCAGCUGCCGCCAUUCUCCACGCCAUCCUGGAGGUCUUGCAGAGCCAGGGUGUGUGACCGCCCCCUCGGCCUCAGCUCCUCACUGCUGGGCUCAGGUGGCCACUGUCACUUCCCUCUGCCUUCAACCACUACUCUCCCCCC